AUGCUGGCGCCUUGGGCGCCCGCUCUCGCGUUAGUUCUUGCUGGCGCCCAGCGGGUCGUUCCAUCCUGGCGCCAAGUACCGGGCGAUGUCGACUGGUUCGAUGGCUGCGGCUAUGGCAACGAGAUAAUUCGUGGGAGCAUUUCUGCAGGACUCGAACACAACAAGGUGCGAAAGCAUGUCGCAAUGUGCUUGUCCCACUGUGGACCUCCUUCCUGUACGCUGAAAGCAGCAGAUCCCGGAGACGGACUGCGACUGCUUGAAGUGCACGAUGUUCUGUCUUUCAAGAGGACCCGUGACCAGACGCGUUUCGUCCGGGCAAGCGGAAGCCCAGGCUCAAGCUCUCCGCAAAUGGGCUCCGCCGGCUCCGGGGGCGGCUGUGAGGUGAACUGCAACGCUGCCUUCGGAAGAUGGACCUGUGGGCCUUCGGGGGUUUUGAGAGGGAGUUCCGAUGCCUGGCCAGAUGGUCUGCCAUGGGUAGAGAAGUAUCGGCCGGAGCGAAUCGAGGAGGUCGCCCAACAGGAAGAAGUGGUCUCUGCACUGAAGCACAGCCUUCAAACAGGUGAGUUGCCCAACCUCAUGUUCUACGGUCCUCCAGGAACGGGCAAAACGACGGUGGCCCUGGCGUUGAUGAAACAGUUCUUCGGCAAGGACUGGCGAUCCCGCGUCAAGGAGCUGAAUGCCUCAGACGAGCGUGGGAUCGUUGCCGUCCGAGAAAAGGUGAAGACCUUUGCGCAGUUGGCAAUCGGUGGCGAAAGCCUGUCGGAGUCGAAGGCGCGCUUUCGGGUCAUCAUUUUGGAUGAAGCCGAUUCCAUGACGCAUGAUGCUCAGGCAGCUUUGCGAAGGAUCAUGGAGGAGUUCGUGCAUGUCACGCGCUUCAUUAUAAUUUGCAACUACGUGUCCAAGAUCAUCGAGCCCUUGCAUUCUCGAUGCUCCAAAUUCCGGUUUCAGCUGGUGGGUGCCGAGUUCCAGAAAGCCCGACUCCUGCACAUCUGUGAAAAGGAGAAGGUGGCGGUGAGCCCAGGUGCGCUUGAACAGCUGAUCUUCCUCUCCAAGGGAGAUAUGCGGUGUGCUGUAACGAUGCUCCAGACAGCCGUCCAAGUCUACGACAAGGUGGACGAAGACUCAUUAGUCGAGGUUUUUUGCGCCGUUCCCGAUUCCAAGACGAGGGAGCUGCUAGCCCGUUGCCGGUCCUCCCAGACGACGGACCAGGUGCUCGAGGCGGUGCGAGACUUCCUCCUCGAGGGCUUCUCGGGGCUGCAGGUUAUGGAGCAGUUGCAAGAGCUUCUGGCAGAGGACGUGUCGCUCCAAGACGCAGUGAAGGCCAAAUGUGCCGUGCUCUUCUCGCAGGCCGAGGAGCGCUUAUGCCAAGGCUGCGAUGAGGAGCUUCAGCUCUUUGAGCUCUUCUCCAACCUUCGACCACUCAUUCAGGCCCGAUGA